CUCGUGAUUGAUUCGAGGCAUCUGCCGCCCACCGCGCCUCCGUCGUUCGCCGACGUCGCCAUCCGUUUUAAGGAAAUAUAAAUACCACCAUCGAUAUUGCCGGCACCUUUCCUCCUUCGCGUAUUUUUUUUCGACCUCCCUACUGCCGUUCCUAUAGAUAAGUCCUGGUAUAUGUGCAUUGGAGACGGACGGAAAAAACGGAGGGAAAGGAAAAGCAAAAAAGUGCUUCGCCUGUCUCUCUCUCUACCGCUCCUCUUCUUUCUGUUCUCUGAUUCUCCGGGGUGUCCUCCCGGAGAAGAUGCAGGGCCGCCGGGUUAUGUUGGUGGCGUGGGUGUUAGUGGAGAUCUUGGUGUUCGCCUCCUUGCCCAGCGGCUGCUUGUCCAGGAGGCAUGAGAUCAAGGGUCCCAUCAAGACGGUCGUUGUUCUGGUUAUGGAGAACCGGUCCUUCGACCACAUAUUGGGUUGGCUCAAAUCCAGCCGGCCGGAAAUCGACGGGCUGACCGGAAGGGAGUUCAACCGCUACUCCGCGUUCGACGAGGAGUCGCCCACCGUCUUCGUCACCGAUGAUGCCGAGUUCGUGGAUGCCGACCCUGGCCACUCCAUCCAGGCCAUCCGAGAGCAGAUUUUUGGGUCGGAGGAUACCUCCGCCAACCCCGCUCCCAUGAACGGCUUCGUGCAACAGGCCAGCAACAUGAGCGAGGAGAUGCCCAAGAUUGUCAUGAGCGGCUUCAAGCCGUCGCUGCUCCCUGUCUACACGGCCUUGGCCGACGAGUUCGCCGUCCUCGACCGGUGGUUCGCGUCGGUCCCGGCGUCAACGCAGCCGAACCGGUUCUACGUGCACUCCGCUACCUCCCACGGGGCGUCCAGCAACGUCCGGAAGGACCUCAUCCACGGGUUCCCCCAGAAGACCAUCUUCGACUCGCUGGAUGAGAACGGACUGAGCUUCGGGAUUUACUACCAGAACAUCCCCGCCACCCUCUUCUUCAAGAGCCUCAGGAAGCUGAAGCACAUCGUCCACUUCCACUCUUACAAACUCUCCUUCCGUCUGCACGCCAGGAUGGGGAGGCUCCCAAAUUACGCCGUCAUUGAGCAGCGGUACUUCGACGUCAAGGCCUUCCCGGCCAACGACGACCACCCUUCUCACGAUGUCGCCAGGGGUCAGAGGUUCGUGAAGGAGGUCUACGAGACGCUGAGGGCCAGCCCCCAGUGGAAUGAGACCCUGCUGCUCAUCACCUACGACGAGCACGGUGGCUUCUACGACCAUGUUCCCACGCCCGUCUCCCACGUUCCCAACCCGGACGGCAUCGUCGGUCCCGACCCUUUCUACUUCAAGUUUGACCGCUUGGGCGUCAGGGUUCCCACCUUCUUGAUAUCUCCUUGGAUAGACAAACGCACUGUUAUCCAUGAGCCAAAUGGGCCAACUCCACAUUCUCAAUUCGAACAUUCAUCCAUUCCUGCAACCGUGAAGAAGCUCUUCAACCUGAAAUCUAACUUCUUAACAAAGAGAGAUGCAUGGGCGGGGACUUUUGAAAGCUACUUAUCUAUUCGCAAGACGCCUCGCACUGAUUGUCCAGAAAAGCUCCCCGAUGUCACACGAUCGCUACGUCCGUCAGGACCGCAAGAAGAUGUUGAGCUCUCGGAGUUUCAGGUGGAGCUCAUUCAGCUUGCUUCUCAGCUCAACGGUGACCACGUCCUUAAUGGUUACCCAGAUAUUGGCAGGACAAUGACUGUUGGUCAAGCAAACCAGUAUGCAGAGGAUGCUGUUGCAAGGUUCCUCGAAGCUGGUAGGGCUGCUCUAAGGGCAGGUGCCAACGAAUCCGCCAUCGUGACCAUGAGACCGUCCCUCACAAGCAGGACGGUGGGCGGAGGUUCCGGCUCCUAUGCAGAAAGCAGCUGAUAUCUAGCCUCCUGGAUUCACCGAUGCAGUUUAUGGCUUCUGAUUCUACCCUUAUAAAAGGUUUAUACGUAUAUAUAGGUAUGGUGGCAGAAAAUCAUCUGUUGUAUAUUGCAUUAGCGCAGCUUAUGUUGGUGACUUUCAAUAGGAAUAUGCUUCCCUCCAUGGAUUCUCUUUUUAUUCA